CACAGCUUGAGGGGGGCGGGAUAUGAGGUGCAAGUUCACUUGCUUCCUCAUUGCAGUUAAAUCUCUUGACAAAACAGCGAAAUGUUGAAAGCUGAAAUUACCAAACUGACAGUAAGUGAUGUGAGGUUUCCCACGUCUUUGGAGCAGCAUGGAUCCGACGCCAUGCACACCGACCCGGACUACUCUGUAGCUUACGUUGUGCUCGACACAGACACUAGUCUGAAGGGAUAUGGUUUGACCUUCACGGUGGGAAGAGGCACUGAAAUCGUUGCGUGUGCAGUAGAGGCCUUGUCAUCUUUGGUGAUUGGAAAAACACUGGAGGAGAUAGUGAUUGACUUCAGAGGAUUCUACAGACUCCUGACAAAUGAUGGGCAAAUGAGAUGGAUUGGUCCAGAGAAGGGGGUCAUCCAGCUGGCAACGGCCGCCAUCCUCAAUGCUAUCUGGGAUAUGUGGGCGCGUGCGGAGGGCAAGCCUCUCUGGAAGCUCCUUGUGGACAUGGACCCAAGGCAGCUCAUCCGCUGUAUAGAUUUCACUUACAUCACUGAUGCGCUCACUGAACAGGAAGCAUUAGAUAUCCUGGAAAAAGCCAACAAGGGAAAGCAGGAGAGAGAGGACCAGAUGCGGAAGGAAGGAUAUCCAGCCUACACUACAUCCUGUGCCUGGCUAGGAUAUUCAGAUGAACAGCUCACACAGCUGUGUUCUGCUGCUCUAGAUGAAGGAUGGACCAGGUUUAAAGUGAAGGUAGGGGCGGACUUGCAGGAUGACAUUCGCAGAUGCAGGCUCAUUCGAAACAUGAUCGGCCCAGAAAACACGCUGAUGAUUGACGCCAACCAACGAUGGGAUGUCAGUGAGGCCAUUUCUUGGGUAAGCACACUAGCAGAGUUCCGUCCACUGUGGAUUGAAGAACCCACCUCUCCUGAUGACAUCCUUGGACAUGCUGCCAUCUCAAAGGCUCUUGCACCUUUGGGUAUUGGAGUUGCCACAGGAGAACAGUGCCAUAACAGGGUGAUGUUUAAGCAGUUUCUGCAAGCCUCUGCUCUGCAGUUUGUUCAGAUUGACAGCUGUAGGGUGGGCAGCGUCAACGAAAACCUUGCCAUCAUAUUAAUGGCUGCUAAGUUUAAAGUUCCGGUAUGUCCUCAUGCUGGCGGAGUGGGACUUUGCGAGCUUGUUCAGCAUCUCAUUCUGUUUGACUAUAUCUCAGUGUCAGCCAGCUUGGACAACAGGAUGUGCGAAUAUGUGGACCAUCUUCAUGAGCAUUUCAAAAGUCCUACCGUAAUCAGAAAUGCACACUACAUUCCUCCUAAGGAUCCUGGAUUCUCAUGCGAGAUGUUGGAGUCAUCAGUGCAGAAACAUCAGUUUCCUCGUGGAGAGGUGUGGAGACGCAUUUUGGGGCAGAAACACUCACCAAUAAUCUGAGUAACUGCUGAUUAACAUAACACCAAAUACCAAACUGCAAAUCUUUCAUUUUACCAAAUCUUUUAUCUCAGUAAGCAAAGAAAUGACUGUUUUCAAAGUACUAAAUACUGUACAAGUUAAUAGUUUUUGAUAGAAAUGAAAUUUUGUUUGAUACUUUCUAUCUGUUAAUUAUAUAAUUAAAGCAGCAAUAAGGGACAUUGCAAUUAUAACUUGUGAAGGAUUUGCACUUUAACAUGUGCCACUUAUUUCUACUUAUGAAUUUGUCACAAAUUAAACUGAACUCUAAUCCUGUU